UUGUUUCAGAUUAAAAUGCAUUCAUUUCUGAUUUGUACGAUUGUGAUAUUUGUUUGCGCAUACGCACAAGUCUCAGUACCACCGGGCUACAAAGAAAAAUAUCCACAAUACUAUUAUUCGAAGCAAGCCCGUCAUCCCAGAGAUGUGACGUGGGACAAACAAGUGGGUAAAGGAAAAGUCUUCGGUACCCUUGGCAAUGACGACCAGGGACUGUUCGGCAAAGGUGGUUACAAGCAAGAAAUAUUCAAUGACAACAGAGGAAAAUUAGAAGGGCAAGCUUACGGUACUAGGGUUUUAGGAGCUGAUGGUGGUACCAGCAAUCUCGGAGGAAGAUUAGACUGGUCCAAUAAAGAUGCAAAAGCUGCGUUGGAUAUUAGCAAGCAAAUUGGUGGGCGUACCAGUGUAACAGCAACAGGGUCCGGAGUAUGGAACCUUGAUAAGAACACCCGUAUUUCCGCUGGUGGAGCCAUCUCUCAAGAAGUGGGACGUGGCAAGCCUGACAUAGCUGUACAAGGACAAUUUCAACAUGACUUUUAAUUUGUAAAGUAUAUUAUUCGUUUCAGUUACAAUAAAGUAACGAUAACUACUAUAAAAACAAGAAUAUUAAUAGAAUUUAUAUAAUCUUUAAUACAUAUUGCGGUACGAUAUUAGAGUAAGAAAUAAAUACGUCAUUUGAACAAAUAGGUACGUCUUAAAGUAUAUAUUUUAAUAAAUCAGACGCGUAAAUAUGAUAUUUUCAAUUUCUUUCUAAGACACUGAACAUGACUAGACAUCGGUUGAGUGCUUUGAACUACCUAUAGUUAGAUAUUUUGUCUAUGAUAAAAUCUUAAAAGAAGAUAAAUGAAAUAAAGUGAAAUGUGUUUUAUUUCACCGUAAAUUAAAUUAAUAGAGGAGAUGUGAACCUCAUAUAAAUUAUAAACAAUGAUGUCACCUUGAUAUUCCGCGUUCUUGAUGUUACGCAAAAAAAAUCAUACAAAUAGAAGAUAUUGUUAAUUUAACAAAUUUGAAGGUAGAUUAUUUACAAUCAUAUCAUCAUCAUCAUCAUCAUCAUAACAGCCAUUAAUUAUCCACUGUUGAACAAAGACCUCUCCUUAUUGGGGGAAUAUUAAUAUUUGCCACACUGAGCAGGCGGGUUGACAACCAUAGUUUUUUUGAUGAAUGAAAAUGGUAUGGUAACCCUGCCUGCGCUAACGGGAUGCGCUGGCGGAGCACCAGUGAAGGGUGUUAGAUGAGAAUGAAAACAGGCCAGUUAGCCCAUUAUGAUGAAUUUAGCAGGAAUUAACCAUGAUAGUUUCCAGGGAAAACCGCGAGGAGGUCCACCUGGUUGGGUAUAUUGCUAGCAAUGAGAUUCUCAGUCUACAUUACUAACAAUCCCUUUCCUGUUAGUAAUGUAGGCUUGGGCGAUGUUUUAAGAAGAACGCUGCUGCCUAUCCUUCAACCAUUAUUUUUUUCAUUUCUCAUAACAGAAACAAUAGAACGCCAAAUGCUUAUAUUCAAACUAUAAUGACAAUAUUGUAAAUUAAUAAUUUACGCACUGAAAGAAAUGGUGAAUUCAAUUUUUAGGGUUCGUGUCUCCAAAGGAAAAACGGAACCCUUAUAGGAUCACUUCGUUGUCUGUCCAUCCGUCCGUAUUUACAUAUAAAUGAGUAAGUUUAGAAAAAAAUUAAUGUUAUCAGAAUUGUAUUAAUUUAUUAUGGCUAAAUAUUGCAACAGUAAUUAAGAUUAAAAUUGAUAUUAAACGUUAAUUGAAUACAAAUGGACAUUUUCUCUACUACGUUGAGUGGCAGACAACAGGCAAGACUUAUUAUGGGUGCCCUAACUGGGCAUAUGCCAGUAAGGAGACGCAUACCAGAGGCUUACCAGAGGGAGACUUUGUACAAAAGUCGAUUGCUUGGGUACCUCUGUCCCAUUCGUGUUUCAACCGUAAAGCAGUUGUGUUUACAUGGCUGUGUUUCAGUUUGAAGGGUGGGUUAUGGCAGUGAAUUUACUGGGUACGGAGGAAUAACACCUGAGUUCUCAGGAAUGACAACGCAUGGGGGGUAUCAUGGGCGAAGCAUUAUACUCUGUUAUGUCCAUGGCACGGCUCAUGUCUAUAAGCGACGGUUACCACUUUCCAUCAGGUGGGCCGUUAGCUUGUUUGCCAUUCUAAGUUGUAUAAAAAAAAACAAUAUACAGUUAAACUGCAAUAAAGUAUUAAAGGUUUUUUAGUCUUUAUUUAUAACUCUUAGACGUAAUAUUUUCUAGGCAAUCUAAAAAAAUAUAAACCUAUUAUAUAUAGACCGGUCUGUGUUUUUUACAGAUAAGCUAAAUUGCUAAAGGUUGGGUCUUGUGUAAUCGAAAUAAAAUACUAUAUUUUGAACAAAGAAUAUUAUUUCAAAAUAUCUCAGUAGAUUAAAGGUUAUUCUGUUAGCUGCCUCCGAUUAUUUAUAACAUGCACGUGAAUACUAAAUUUUAAACGAUUUUUCUUCUACUAUGCUACUAAUUUACUUUAUAGUCAACUAAAAAUAUUUUUAAUAUAUAUAUAUAUAUUUUUAUUUGGGUAAACUAACAAUGACAAAGUAAAGAAUAAUAUAUAAUAUCAAUAAAAGAAAACAUUGAGUAAAUUUGCCACCAACUUACCGCUUACCACAGGUUCGAUUCAAAUAGAUUCUGAUAUUUCUUCAGAUAUCUCAUUUUUUUUUAUUGUAUUUAUGUAUUUUUUUUAAUACAACUUAGAAUGGGAAACUAGCUGACGGUCCACCCGUGGAAAGUGGUAACCGUCGCCUAUAGACAUGAGCAGUACCGUGGACAUAACAGAAUAUACCUUUUCGCCCAUGAUACCCCCCAUGCGUUGCCAUUCCUGAGAACUCAGAUGUUAUGCCUCUGUACCCAGUAAAUUCACGCCAUAUCCCACCCUUCAAACCGAAACACAGCCAUGCAAGCACAACUGCUUCACGGUUGAAACACGAAUGGGACAGAGGUACCCAAGCAAUCGACUUUUGUACAAUGUCUCCCUCUGGUUUUUUUUUUAUUUACACUUUAUUGCAUCAUUUAUGAAAAUAAUAGAAAAUAUAGUGAUUUGUAAUGAGAAGUGAUACAAAGGCGGCCUUAUCACUAAGCAAUCUUCCAGACAACCUUUGUGUGUAGGGCACUGAGAAAAAGACAAGGAAUUUUUUUAUUACUUUUUAUUACAAUUUUGUAAAGUUAUCUGUUGAAGAAAUUUUAUAGUUCAAAUUAUAAUAAAUCUAACAGUUAAUUUUCAUUUCUAAUUUAUGUUAAAAUUAUGUGUUAUAAUAAAUAUUUAAGUGUUAGUAAAUUGGUGUUAGUAAAUCAUUGCAUGAUUUACUAACACCAAGCACGUUAAUGUAUACGUUUGAAUUAUAGAAUGAUAGACUUUAAUUAAUAACCAUUUUUCAAAUAAAAUUCCAUUAUAAACUAGCUUAUUGCCAGCUACUUCGUAUGUAUGGAUUUGAGAAACAGAAAAAUUAGAAAAAUUGACCAAUAGAAAAUGAACACUUCUAGAUGGCGUAUCAAGACAAAAGAUAUACGAGAUUUUAAGUUAGACUUUAGGACAAUAACUGUGAAAACCACAUCUAUUUAAGUGUAGUAGUUAUUAGAGGUAGGUAACAUAGCAAUAACUAUAUAUUUUAAUUACAAUAUCUAUGUACAGAUUCAAUAACGAAUAUGUUAAAAAUCCGUUAUCCAAAAAUAAUAUAGGAUAAGAAAGAAAGAAAGAAACUUUAUUCUACAGAAAUAUGCGACUACACCCACACAGAGGUUAAAAAAAAUCAUAUAUUAAGAAUUCUAACAACGAAACUACACACAAUAUUUAUAUAUAUAUAAAAAAAAAAAAAGAAUAUAAAAUUAAAAAAGAAAAAAAAACAAUUCGUAUUAUAACAGUUUCAUCCAAAAUGAGUGUGUGUGUGCGUGCGUCACAAUACCUGCAAAAUGAGGUCCGUGCUCAGCAUUAUGCUGUAGUGUCAGGGACACUACAGCGCUGAUUUUCAGCACGCGCCUCGCCAACCCGCGGCGUCCUAAUAAUAACAAUAAUACUCGUAUUUGGAUAAGUCUGACUAACACAGUGGUGUGCUUAAAGUGUAUUGUGUAAAAAAAAAAAAUAUAAUAAAUUUGUGGUGGGUUUAUUAAAUUAUAAUUAAAUGAUAAAUUAUAACGUUGUCAGUGUUGAAUAAUAAUAAUCACACAAAAAUAAAAUAGGUAUAGAAUAAGUAUUUUUUUAUAACGGAUUUUUAACAUAUUCGAACAUAGAUAUCCGAUCAAUAUGGGCGGUAUCUAAAUGACCUUUUUUCAUCAUUAAUGUCCACAAAACACUAAUAUAUAGAUACCGGAUCGGUAUUCAUAUUAUCCAUACCUAGUAGUUAUUGCGUGAUAUUGGAACAAUAAUAUAGAUAGACAAAAUUUCGAAAAAUAUAAUUUUGGCUUCUAUUGCUCAUGUCAAAUUUUCUCAAAUAUCGCCCAUGCACAGAGAUUAAUUACUAUUUUAUUAUAAUAUAAGAUAAGAAUUAAUAUUAGGUAGUUAUUAAUAACCACACAUUACUAGAAAUCUUAUAAUGCAAAGCACCACAAGAGUACCCAAGCGGCUAUCGAGGUCACCCUGCCAUCCGGAGUAGGCUCGAUUGUCCGCGCUUCUGCUCGCUUGCUAUUGUUUUUCCUUCCAUUUCAUGGAUGGUUUAAUGCAGAAUACUGCACAAUAUGGCCAGUUAUUAUCCGUAAAUUUUUGACGAAAAUUUGAAUGGCAAUUGAAAUAAUAGCUUACUUGAUUGAAAAUGAUAUUUGGAUUCAUUGAAAUUAGAAAUGGACGGUUUAUUUAAGAAAAAAAUGUUACAAGAGAUAAAAAUUGUUUAAGAAAGAAAGCAAUAAUUUCUUGCCCGUAAUUCUUAGAUGACUUUGUAUUUCGAACUGGGCAAUAAAAUAAUUUUAAAUGAUAAUUCAAAAAUGUUUAUAAUUAAGUUUACUUAAACAAAAAAAAUCAUUAUUGUUAUUAGAGAAGCAAAACAAUUCAAAACAAUGUUUAUUGGCGCUUUAGCUUUAGCUUUAAUAGACUGUUCUAUCCUAAAAUAUUGGGUGGGACAGGUUAUCAAUGUAAGAGCGUUAUAACCGCUCAUUUAUUAACAUAGGUUAAGUCAAUUUAUAACUAACAAAAUGGGCCUUAUGUAGUCUAAUUAAAUAAAUAUUAUUUAACGACUUAA